GUUCCUUACGCUCAGAGCUCUCGCCGUCUUUAUGACCAGAACGGUCACAGCGAAAAGUGACGUCAGGGAUGACGUUAACGCGGCGGAUCCGAGGCGUAGAGCUCCCACAGGCGAUCGGAUUCGCCCACUGCUGUCGCCGCAUUCGCACAACUCUCCCCUCGGCUUGCCCUGGGAAGACGGGUCGAACCGUCAGGAUCUUAGUGCGAUCCAAGAUCCUCGAAGCAGGCUUCAGUGAGGGCAAGUGAGGCGCUACAGUGUGCUGGGCGCGAGUAAAUGCAGGGACGAACUGUACCUCAUUUGCUGUUCUAGGGUUGAGUCCCGCGCUGCCCGAGUCGAGACUGAGAAGCCCCGGCCCGAGUCGAGGCUGAGACGCAGGGUUCGACGGGGAUAAAGGCUCCGACCUUCGCGAACUCUUCUGUCUUCCCUCGUUCCGCAAGCCCCCAAGCGCCGCUUCAGGUUCUUCCCGCUGCACACAGGAACCUCCAAAUUCACCCACCUGGCUGCACUCACAAUCUGGUCCGUCAAUCACACUUAUAAUGGCGUCGUGUAAGCUCAUCCGACCACACCUUGACAUCUCAUCCCGGCAAUCGCGGGCUGUUCUGCGCAGCGCAGAUCUCGAUCUACUCGCGCUGGAAGGCCGCCUCUCGCUGCUGGACGCUCAGCGCGAACUCAAUGCGAUCCGCUGCGAACAGUUUGUUACCAGGUUACAGUCGUUUUUGAGGGAGGGCGAGAGCGAAGGCGACGAAUUGCGGGAUAAUUGGGAGCCGCGCAGAGGGAGAAGAAUGUCGUCUCGCUACAGUCACAGUCGCGAGGCAGCAGCGGUGGGGCGCGGCGACAUCCCCCGCGCGCAGUCAGUGCCGGAGAUCGGCGGCCAGAGAGCGCCACGCAGCAGCCAUGGCGGUCGCAGCGCCAGAAGCCAAGGGCUGGGCGCUGAGCGCCUCACGCGGUGGGCCUCCUGCGAGCAGCACUUGAACGGCGAGGACGGAGAGUGGUGACUCUGUCCAGGGCCAGGCGCGUCACCGUUCCGUCUGCUCCUAAACCCGACGAGCGAGCGGCUGAUCAGCACACAACACCUCCUGCUGUACAUAACGUUUUUGUUCCAGUGGCUGUGGAAUUGCUGCAGUGCGUGACUGGGGCUAUCCAGCAUCCCCGCGCAACCCAGCCUUGCAUUGAUGUUAGUGCCCUGAAAACAUGGGGGCCUGUUCUGUUUGUGCCUCGUAUGCAAAUGAAUGUCACUGAAUCGC